AGGUUUUCUUCUCGGCCGAGAAAAUUAUUCAUAUUUUCGCCAAAAAGGAAACUAUAGACGAGAGAGAUAAGAAAUUAAAAAGGGAACAAACCCUAGCGUGUUGUUGUUGUUCCAUUACCGGCAGAAAUUCCAUCGCAUAAUCCGGCGAAUCUGUUCUCCGAUUCCCGGAAUCGAUGCAGUUUCUAGGGUUUUCAUGGUGAGAAGUUGAGGUUUCCGAAGUUAGGGUUUGCUGAGAUCUGUGGACAUACAUAAACAAAGCGCGCGCGCGAGAGAGAGGGAGAAAGGGAGAAGAAGGAGAAGAAAUCAUGGCGGCUUCUGAUAAUGAGCUUGAGAAGCAGCUUACGGAAGCUGGGAAAACGCUUCUUGACCCGCCUUCUUCUGUUGAGGAGCUUCUUCCUCUUCUCGACAAAGUUGAAUGCUGCCUAUCAGAGGUUGAACAGUCACCUCCUGACUCAAUGCAAAAUGCGCUUUCCCCCUUGAUGAAAUCGUUAGUUGCUGACAAACUCUUCAAGCACUCGGAUAUCGAUGUUAAUGUUGCAGUUGCUGCUUGCAUCAGUGAGAUUACGAGAAUAACUGCUCCAGAUGCUCCGUAUGAUGAUGACCAGAUGAAAGAGGUGUUCCAGUUGAUUGUAUCGUCAUUUGAAAAUCUAACUGACAUAUCUAGUCGGUCAUAUUCCAAGAGGACUUCAAUUCUUGAUACUGUUGCAAAGGUCCGAUCAUGUGUUGUGAUGUUGGAUCUGGAGUGUGAUGCGCUUAUUAUUGAGAUGUUCCAGAACUUCCUCAAGGCUAUAAGGGAUCAUCAUCCAGACAAUGUAUUCUCGUCUAUGGAGACAAUUAUGACCCUUGUUUUAGAAGAAAGUGAGGAGAUAUCUCCAGAGUUACUUUCACCAAUUCUGGAUUAUGUCAGAAAGGAUAACGAGGUUCCCCAAAUAUCGCGGAAGUUAGCAGAAGAAGUCCUCAAGAGCUCAGCUGCCAAGCUUAAACCUUACCUGACUGAUGCAAUAAAAUUGUUGGGUCUCUCCUUGGAUGGGUAUAGUAACGUAGUUGUUUCAAUAUGCGAAGGGACAUCAAAUGCUUUAAAGCAGAAUGAAGCCGUUGCUAAUGAAAGUGAUGAUAAAUCAAAGUUAGCAAAAGUUGCACAGAUCGCAGAGAAUGGUUCAUCGGUUGAUACUAACACCUUAAAGAAGCAAGAUGAUACAAAUGUGAAGGAUGAGCCAGAGAAACCUGACAAGUUUGGGAACAGUGAGAUGGGUAAUGCUGGUGAUGAGGAGACUGAUGUGGAAAACAAGCAAGAUCAAAAAACAAAGGAAAAAGGAAAACAAUCCAGCUUUGUGAAACAGGAGGAAUCAUCAAAAGCUUCGGAUGUCAAAGAGGAGACUGAAUCCAAAGCAUCCCUGGACAGAAAGGAUGGUGGCAAAUGUGCACCAAGUUCACCUCCUUGUGACUCAUCUGCCAACGUAGCUACUUCUGAUAAUGAGAAGGCAACAAGUACACAAGCUUUUCCAUCAAAGCCAUUGGCAGAUGAGACUCCAAAUGCCACUUCUCCAUCUCUUAGCGAGAGCCUUCUUGUUGAUAGUCGUUCUAAGAAGGCUGUAAACCAGAAGAAAAAGGAAACCUCGACCAAGGAGGCGAAAUCAUCCGCCGAUAAUUCUGCUAAAGUUGUUCCUGAAGAACCAAUACAUUCAGAAGCUAAACCGGCAAAAAGGUCUGGAAAGAAGAAGAUGGCUUCUUCGAGUAAAACAAAACCUUCAGUUCUUAUGAAGAAAAGCAUCUCUGAAACAAAACCAGCGAAGCAGUCGGGGAAGAAAGCAGUUGACAGUGAUAAUGUCAAAGUAUCCUCAAAGCCAAAGGAGGAUAAGAAAAAGCAGGGAACUGAUGAGAAGGACCAGUCUCACACUUUGUCAGACGACAAGGAAAAAUCAAGCAAAGAUGAGGAGCAACCAUUUGAAGAGACUCCUAAGACAGAGGCCAAGAGAAAGCUUAAUCUGGACAAAGAAAAAGCAUUGGAAGACAAAGAGUUUGGUGAAAACCUAGUUGGGGCGAAGGUUAAAAUCUGGUGGCCUAAGGAUCGCGCGUAUUAUGAAGGUGUUGUUGAUUCGUACGAUGCUGAUAGGAAGAAACAUCUUGUUUUAUAUGAUGACGGCGAUCAAGAACGCUUGAAUCUUAGAAAGGAGAAAUGGGAGUUCAUUGAAGAUGAAUCAGAAUCGGCAGAGAUGGAUGAAAAAGCUGAUCAGAUGGGCCGUGAUGAAACAUCUGCAGUGCCACAAAAGAAGAAAGCUAAGACGGGCAAUGACCAAACAGCCAAGCAAACAAAGGCAGAGUCAUCAGAGAAGGGUGCUUCAUCUGGAAAAUCCAAAGCUGCUACAAAGGCCAGGAAGAAACCCGAGGAUGAGAAAAGGGAAAAUAAAACAAAGGAUACGCCUAAAACAACGAGGUCUGGAAAGAAAUCCGAGGAUGAGAAGACUAGGCAUAUUUCUAAGGAAACGACCAAAGAAGAAAAAGAAGAAGAAGAUGAUGAUGAAAAAGACGAUGUAUCUGAUGGAAUGAGCGAAGAAGAGGAGGAGAAACCCAAAACCAGCAAAUCCAAGAAAGAAGAAACCGUUACCCCGAAAUCAGUCAAAACAAAAGAAGACAUGGAGACACUCACAUCGAAAGCUUUGUCCAAGAAAAAGGAAGAUCACCCCAAGAUUUCCUCGAAACCAAACCCGAAAACUUCCUCAUCCGUCAGGGGAAAAAUGGGAAAAGGCACCGGGAAAGCAAAUAUCAACACUUCAACAACUUCAUCCAAAGCCAAGGAGAACGAGGGAGGUGAGCCAGACAUGGAAGAUGGCCCGAAAGCACCCAAAACAUCAAAGGGAAAGUCAGCUAAGUCGAAGAGAAACUCCGGUAAGAAGAGGAAGCGAUAAAUUUUACCCCAAAAAUAAGCGUUUUUGUCUGUAAUUUAAGCAGGGAAUGUAGCUGCGGAGAUUGAUCAGAACUCAGAAGAUUCGUGCGGGGAAAAGUACGAAUUAAAAGUCGCAGCUUUUUAGUUUUUAGGUGAAUGAAGCAGCCAUUGUAGUGAUAAAAAGGUCUCGAGAUUUUUUUUUUUUUCCUUUUUGGGGGUCUUUUUUUAUUAAAAAAAACUCAAGACGGGGCUUUGGUCAUGGCUGUGGUUUUAUCUCGAGAGAAGAAUAGUUUGGCAGGUACAAAAAAAGGAAGGUACAUACAUUCGGCAUUAUUAGUAACUCUCUUGUACUGGACCAUCCUUGGAAACCCAUCCUAGAAUUUUUAUUAUUGUUUCGACAGUUGUGAUUCACAUAAUUAGUUAGAGAAAAAUGUUAUUUUGGCC